AUGGACGACGCCAUUCCCUCCAUCUCUACCGUCGGUGUGGGUUCGCGCUUCGUCUCCCAAGGCGAGCUCGAGGCCGCAAAGUCGCGUCGCGACGAGCAGUGGCGGGCCGCCUAUGCGAGGCACGCUGGGCCAGGAGCCCCUCCACAGCCCGCGGAGGACGCGUUCGACGGUAGAAGUCUAGCGGAGAAACUCGCGGCGAACAGAGCAGCCAAGCAAGAAGAAUGGGAGGAACGGAACAAACUAGGCAUCCAGUUCCGUGCGCUUGAGGAGGAUGAAGUGCUCUUCCUCGAUUCUGUGCUCGAGAAGCAGCGUGAAGAAGAGCGGCUACGCAAGGAAAUGGACGGCGAAGAGAUCAAGAACUUCCGCGAGGCUGUCGCGGCGAGAGAUUCGGCAGCAAACAAGCCACCUCCAGUCGGCGCAGCCAGUGUAGCUGCGCCUGCUGCGCCGGCGAAGGCCAAACCUACAGCUGCACCGGUGAAGAAAGACCUCAAGAAGUCCCUGAAGGGCGUCUUGGUCAAGAAGAAGACGAAGACGCCAGCCGCUCCUGGCACACAGCCGUCGGCCGCAGCAGAACAGAAACCAAAAAUAAAGCCGGACGAUUCGUCGGAACCACACGAGGACGAGCGGCAGACGAAGCGUCGAAAAGUGUCAUCAAGCUGA